AUGGGCUUGUUGGCUUUGGACCUCAACGUCUGGAAGAUCAUGGCUAUUCUAUUAUCGGGAAUCCUCUACGACAAGGACAGACGGGCACCUUAUUGCAUGUUGUUCGGUCUGGUCGUCAUUGGACUGCUCGCUGGCUUCGCCAUUAUGGAGGUUAUGCCCGGGGCGCUGAACAGGAGGAGUCGGGCGAAAGUCCUCCUAGCGGCCACUGAAGUGAGCAGAACGCGUAUUGUCGGCGAUGCUGAAAGAAAGCGGCGCCUUACCCAUCGGCUGGGCUACGGUAACGAGGAGCAUCAAGGCAACCCUCUGGCGUUGCCCUCGGGGGGCGUUUCGAAGAAGGAGAUCGAUGAGGUUGUCGAAUGG